AUGAGCCCUGAGGAUGAGAAAGAACCGGCAAUACCCAGGAAAAUCAAAGACAUUGAUGAAAUAGUAAUAGGGUGUAAAUGCUGGGUACAUAAAGACGGUAAAGACAGGCUUGCAGAAAUUCUUUCAAUCAAUGCUAGAAAGUCACCUCCGAAGUUUUAUGUUCAUUACGAUGAUUUCAACAAGCGUCUAGAUGAAUGGAUAUUAGCUGAUAGAAUCAAUCUAGAUGAGGAGGUACUUUUUCAAAAACCGAAGGAUACGAAAGCUGAUAGUGACAAAGCAAAUAAGAAGAAGAAGCAAAAGAAGUCGACCUCUAUACAAACACCUAAAUCCGAAACUCCAGAAGGCACUGAUAUUAUGGAUCUGGAUAACCUUAACGUUCAAGGAUUAAAAGAUGAUGAUAUAUCGAGAGACGAUGAAAUCAAAAAAUUAAGGACGUCAGGUUCGAUGAUUCAAAACCCCCACGAAGUGGCCAGGGUCAGGAAUUUGAACAAGAUAAUAAUGGGCAAAUUCGAAAUUGAGCCUUGGUACUUCUCCCCAUAUCCUAUAGAGCUUACAGACGAGGAUAUUAUCUACAUCGAUGAUUUCACUUUGCAAUAUUUCGGCUCCAAGAAACAAUAUGAGCGGUAUAGACAAAAGUGCACUCUGCGCCACCCUCCAGGAAACGAGAUCUAUAGAGAUGAUUAUGUCUCAUUCUUUGAAAUCGAUGGAAGGAAACAAAGGACAUGGUGUCGAAACUUAUGUCUUUUCUCCAAACUUUUUUUAGAUCACAAAACAUUAUACUACGAUGUGGAUCCUUUUUUAUUUUACUGUAUGACUAGAAGGGAUGAAUUAGGUCAUCAUUUGGUAGGCUAUUUUUCAAAAGAAAAAGAAUCGGCAGAUGGUUAUAAUGUUGCAUGUAUUCUUACGCUUCCUCAGUAUCAAAGGCAUGGUUACGGUAGACUGCUGAUAGAGUUUUCUUACGAAUUGUCGAAAAAGGAGGGAAAGGUUGGCUCUCCUGAAAAACCUCUAUCUGAUUUGGGUCUGUUGUCCUACAGAGCAUAUUGGGCGGAUACUUUGAUUAAACUUUUAAUGAAUCAUGGCAAUGAAAUCACCAUUGAUGAGAUAAGUUCUCUUACUUCGAUGACAACAACUGAUAUAUUGCAUACCGCCAAAGCUUUGAGCAUCCUAAGAUAUUAUAAGGGACAGCAUAUCAUUUAUCUUAAUGAGGAAGUAGUUCAACGGUAUGAAAAAAUCAAGGAAAAGAAGGGAAGAACCAUUGAUCCAAAUAAGCUGAUAUGGAAGCCACCAGUCUUUACAGCUUCACAGCUGCGGUUUGCGUGGUAG